AUGGUAUCAACAACAUCCUUAAUCAAAUCAUCAGGAAUUGUUAUACCCAAAAGGAAUAUUAGUUUUAUUAAGAUAAUAGCACGUGCAACUAAAGCACCUGCUUAUAUAGGUGGGACAAUGGCUGCUGGUGGUACUUAUGUCGCAUAUAAAGUAGAACAGGCAUCUACUUAUACUCAAGAUAAAUUAUCAGCUAUAAAGGACUUUACUGAUGGAAUAUUCGAUAAAACUGGUGAUUUCUUUAAGAAUAUGGGAUUGGGUACUGGAUCUGAAGGUAGUGGUGGUAGUAGUAGUAAUGGGGGUAGUGGCGGACACCAGGGUGGCAAUGAAACUACUACUACAUUAGCCACAGUGGCUGCCGUGGGAUUAUCUUCUGAAGAUGAAGAAAUGUCAGAUGCAGAAAUAGAACAAGAUCUUGAUGACGAUGAUGUAGAGACUUUAAUUGAAGAAGAUGACGAGGAUGAAAUAGAUUUCGCUAAUGAUGAAACUCAUGAUCAUAUGUUAAAUUUAACACGUCAAAUGAUUGAAAUCAGAAAUUUAUUAUCCAAUAUAGAUCAUGAAGGUAUAAGUUUACCUUCAAUUGUUGUGAUUGGAUCUCAAUCAAGCGGUAAAUCAUCAGUUUUGGAAAGUAUUGUGGGUCAAGAAUUCUUACCUAAAGGUUCUAAUAUGGUGACUAGAAGACCAAUUGAAUUAACAUUAGUAAAUACUCCAGAAGCUGCUGCUAAUGUUGCUGAUUUCCCAGCUUUAAAAAUGUUUAAUUUAACUGAUUUUGAACAAGUUCAAAAAAUUCUUUUUGAUUUAAAUAUGGCAGUCCCCGCAUCUGAAUGUAUUUCAAAUGAUCCAAUUCAAGUCACAAUCAAAUCACCUACUGUCCCGGAUUUAUCAUUGGUCGAUUUACCUGGUUAUAUUCAAGUUGAAGCCGCUGAUCAACCAGCGGAAUUAAAACGUAAAAUCCGAGACUUAUGUGAUCGAUAUUUAGAAGCACCAAAUGUUAUAUUAGCAAUUUCUGCAGCUGAUGUAGAUUUAGCCAAUUCUGCCGCUUUAAGAGCUUCAAGAACUGCUGAUCCUAGAGGGGAAAGAACAAUUGGAGUAGUUACCAAAUUGGAUUUGGUUAAUCCUGAACAAGCAAGAAAAAUCUUAACCAAUAGAAAAUACCCUUUGAAAUUAGGAUAUGUUGGUGUUAUUACAAAAGCACCUAAUGCAAUUAAAUCAGGUCCCGGCGGAUUAUUUUCCAGAAAACAAUUGACUGGAUAUCAAGCAUUCGUGGCCCAACAAAAUUUUGAACAUUCUUAUUUGAAAGAACAUAAAGAGGAAUUCUUUGGUUGUACUGCCGGUACUAGGAAUUUAAAGAAAAAAUUAAUGAAAGUAUUGGAAAAAACAAUGGCAGCAUCAUUAAGACCAACUCAUUUAGCAAUUCAACAAGAAUUAGAAGAAACUUCAUAUCAAUUCAAAGUUGAAUUCAAUGAUCGUCCAUUAACUCCAGAAAUGUAUCUUGCUAACAAUAUUGAUAUUUUGAAAUUGGGUACCAAAGAUCUAAGUCAUCGCUUCUCUCGUCCGGAAUUAAAAGCUUUAUUGAAGAAUGAAUUGGAUCAAAAAGUAUUGGAUUUAUUGGCGGAAAGAUAUUGGAAUAAACCAUUUGAAUUAAAUCAAACAGUGAAAUUCGAACCUGAUUUAUAUGAAUUAUCCCAGAUUACUAAUAUUGAUGAUGAUAUUUAUUGGCAUAAGAAAUUGGAUUUAACUACUGGUUCAUUAACGAAAAUCGGAGUCGGGAGAAUGUCAACUAAUUUAGUCACAAAUGCAUUAUUAACCGAAGUGGAAAACCUUGUUGAUAAUACCCAAUUGAGAAAUCACCCCAUGGCGAAAUCUCAAGUCAGAGAAGCGGCAAAGACAGUAUUGGGAGCGAAAUAUUAUUCUACGGCUGAUCAAGUUGAAAAUUGUAUUAAACCAUAUAAAUAUGAAAUCGAACUUGAAGAUCGUGAAUGGCAAAUCUCAAAAGAAAAUGCCGUGAAUUUAUUACGUGAAGAAAUGAAACAAUGUGAUGAAGUCUAUCAUGAUUUGAAAAGACAAGUUGGAGGAAGAAAAUUACAACAAGUGGUUACAUAUUUAGAAAAAUUAAAACAACAACAAAGUGGAGAUGUGGAUUUGACAACGAAUGAAACUUUGGGAUUUUCACCAACAUUGAUUCAAAAGGGUAAAGAUGCAAUUUUUUUAAAGGAUAGAUUAUCAUUAUUAAAAAUGAGAUAUCUGUUUGUGAAAAAUUCCAAGAAAUGUAAACGAAAAGAAAAUAAAUAUCAAUGUCCAGAAAUCUUUUUGGAUGCAGUUACGUCAAAGAUUACCGCUACUUCGAUUUUAUUUUUAAAUGUGGAAUUAUUGAGUGAUUUUUAUUAUAAUUUCCCUCGGGAAUUAGAUCAACGAUUCUUCAAUAAUUUGUCUAAAGAAGAAAUUGAAAAAUUUGCCAAGGAAGAUCCAAAGAUUAAGAAACAUAUUGAAUUACAAGAAAGAAAGGAUUUAUUGGAAAAUGCAUUGAGUAAGAUUGAAAGUGUAUUGGCAAUUCAAAGAAAUACAACUCCGAACCAAAAGAAUGAUGAUAGGAAAUCAAUGUUUAGUUGGAAGUAA